UCUGUCGGACAACGACAUAAGUCCAAGGUGCCAGUAAAAAAUCUGAAGCGCCUCCAUGAUCAGCAUGCAUCGGUGCAUUGGUAAGCAAUAACCUUGUCUCGUAUACGUAAACGAUAUACUGCAAAUUGCAAGGGAUCCCAUCUACUUAUAGCUGACAGAUCUCGUUCACGCUGUGAUUCACCCUUGAAACAGUCACACCGUUGAUCGUAUUCACAGCCAUGCAGUAAACAUGGUCAGAGGACGCAAGAAAGAUUUGACUGUUCCUCCUACGCGACAGCUUACCCAGCAGCGCGAUUACCGAGCGCGCAAGGCCCAAUAUCUUUCCGAACUCGAGCAACGGUGUUUAAAGGCUGAGGAGGAGAAUGUACGAUUACGGCGAGAGCUAGAGCUAGCUCGAGCCACCAUGCCCUUUGGCGGCUCACCACAAGAAGUUGUACAAAUAUCAUCCGAGCUACUGCGUGACCUAGUCAACGCUUCUGCAUCGAUCGCGCGCUUCCAACAGAUCACCGCAACUCGUGCGCCAGUCCCUCCGGAUGACAAUUCCUUCCAUCAUCGGCAACCGCCAGAAUCUUCAUAUUCGCCACCUGCAGGUCCUAGCAGCCUUCGCCCAUCGUCUCCUCCUCGUCAGGCACCCUCACAUCCGGUUACAAUUACACCCUCACAUGUUCUUCAAGAACUCCGAGCCCGCCCGGCACCACCAAAUCGGAUGCUGGCUCCUAUUGAUGGACAACGGGUAGAUCGAACCCCUGCGUCCUCGUCGGCCAGUUCGCAAGCCCCAGUAACGAGCCCAUCUCCAAGCCCUGGUUCUGAGGAGUGUUGCGGGGGUUAUCUUGAUUGUAGUGAACUCAUAGAAGAGAAAGAUGACGAGGAAGAUGAAGAAGAGGGUGAGGAAGACGAGGAUUUUGGAAUGUAUCAUUUCGCGCAUACUUCGAAAGUUCGCUUCAGCCAAGGUGAUUUUCGAAAAGAUGCUGCACGCUAAAUGUUUGGAACAGCAGUCAUAAUUUUGUAUGGUGUAGCUAUCCUAGGUCACUGCCGCAUCGACUCCAUCGCUGCAAGCAGCAAGUUUCAAU